AUGAGUAGCAACGGCAGCAUUGUUUCAGGGAAUUCAGGACAUGUGGAGGGAUCAGUAGCAUCUCCGAGCAUCAAUUCGAUGAGCUAUGCCAUUCCGGUAUCCGAUGAUAUAAUUGCAAAUCUUAGUGAAGAAAGCACUAGUGAAGAUGUGAGUGAUGCCAGCGAAGGUAGUGGUGGCAAGAAUGGUGACAAUUCAGAGUCUGAAAGAGACGAUCUGUUGAACGAUGAGACAUUGGACAAGAUCAUCAACAAUUCGAACAUCAACGUGUUUGAGUCUUCUGAUGCUGUAUCAACAAGCGAACCUCUUUUGAUGGACGUCUCCAAAUGCAUAUUUGGCUUGCUGAAGCAGUCUUUAGACGCUGCUGACUUCUCAGAGAGUCUAUCCCUGCAGACAAAAACGUCGGCAACUGUCAACGCCAAGACCCUCGAGCUGAAGCAACUAGUAGACUCUGCGUCACAAACACUAAUCAGAUUGAAACAGAGAUUUGAAACAGGUAAAGAGACUGCGAAGAGGAUCCAACGUAACCUGAACUCUGCUAGAAGCUCUAUUGACAUCCUGAACGGCAGACUAAGAACAGAUCACCCAAUUGAGUUCAGCCAGUCACGGGACAAGGCCAUGAAUGGACACAAUGCCUGA